AUGUUGACAAAUCAAAGUAACUGGUUUCUAGCAGCAUUUCUGGCCAAGCGCCUUCACUUGCGUUUCCUGGCAUGCAUUCUUCGAUAUUCACUGGAUUUCAACAGUAGCCCAUGUGACUUAACUGUAUAUGGUGAGGCAACCUCCCGUCGUCAGAGAAUUCGUCCGUCACACAUUAAGGAUCCUUUGAACUGUACCUAUGAAGAUGGUGAUUUUUGUGGAUGGAACGAUGAUCCUCGUGACGUACUUGCCUGGUGGGAAGUCACCGCUAUACCGGACCGCUUCACGAAUGCGGUUUGUCUGUUGGCUAGCACCGAAUUGGGAGAUGCCAGUCAAAGUACUGCUCCGACUCACGAACAAACUAAUUCACCGGCCGACUGCAGCUUCGAUAAAGGUCAUAUAUGUGGAUGGAUGCCUGACCCCAGGGAUGGUGGAGCUCAGUGGACUGUCUCCAGUGUAACACUUGGCGAAGAGCAUCCAAACCAAGCCUUAUGCCUAGCCGGUACACCAGCACCGUAUACCUUGGAUGUUGUGGACGAAGGUGUGAAUCGCGAUCCGACCGCCACCCUGAGUGCCCGAUUGUGGAGCAGAAAGUUUUACCAGCUCCAGAAGAACUUCCGUUGCCUAUCUUUUGUCUUUCAUGUCACCCAUUGUGCUGAUUUAGAUAGGAUCACAAAAGCAUCCUCCUGUCCUCACCUUUCUGUCCUUCGACAUUCUUCUGGGUAA